CCAAACCGGAAGUUGUUGGCUGGUUCUGCCGGUGCAGCUAGCAGCUAACGCCCUGCUAGCGAAAGCUCUCCUUAGGGCUUUUUUGUCUGCUUGUCAUCGUCGAAGAGGAUCAUGGGAAUACUUUAUAAGCAGUAAAUAUGACGCUAGUAUCUUUAGAGGAAUGUAAUAUACCGAAAUAGCACCAGAGGAGGAGAAAAACGUGCGUAAAGACACCCGGAAGUGUUGUGGAAGAUUCAAUCAUCAUGAGUGCCAAAUAUGGCCUGGUGCGGUACGACAGUUCACGGAAGCACAUUUCAAUAUCCAUCCCAUCUUCCACAGAGGUGAUGUCCCCUCAUAUAAAGUCCUCGGAGGAACUGCGGGUUCUAGGAAUUAACCUCAGCAGCUUCGGCGCUCCCACGCAGUUCUUCAUCUGUGUGGCCGGGGUCUUAGCAUUUUACCUAGUGUAUGGGUAUUUUCAGGAGCUGAUAUUUUCUGUGGAGGGUUUCAAGCCCUUUGGUUGGUACCUCACUCUGGUCCAGUUUGGUUUCUACUCCAUGUUUGGACUUGUGGAGCUUCAGCUCACGCAAGAUAAACGCAGAAGGAUACCAGGAAAGACAUAUAUGAUCAUUGCGUUUCUAACAGUGGCCACUAUGGGCCUGUCCAACACUUCUCUGGGCUACUUGAACUACCCGACACAGGUUAUCUUCAAGUGCUGUAAACUCAUUCCUGUCAUGAUUGGAGGAAUAUUUAUACAAGGUAAACGCUAUGAUGUUGCAGACGUGUCUGCUGCUGUCUGCAUGAGUCUCGGACUUAUCUGGUUCACGCUCGCUGACAGCCAAGUAGCGCCCUACUUUAACCUAACAGGUGUUUUCCUCAUUUCCCUGGCACUGUGUGCAGAUGCUGCCAUCGGAAACGUGCAGGAGAAAGCCAUGAAACUUCACAAUGGCUCCAAUUCUGAAAUGGUGCUGUACUCGUACUCCAUCGGCUUUGUGUACAUACUGAUGGGGCUGCUGUGCGUGGGCGGGCUGGGACCAGCAGUGGCUUUCUGCUCAGAGCACCCUGUGACGACAUACGGUUAUGCAUUCUUCUUCUCUCUAACGGGUUAUUUCGGCAUCUCCUUUGUGUUGGCCUUGAUUAAGCUCUUUGGUGCCCUGGUUGCAGUCACAGUGACCACAGGGCGGAAGGCCAUGACUGUCUUUCUUUCCUUCGUGUUCUUUACCAAGCCCUUCACUUUUCAUCCAUUUUUGUACCUUGAGCCCUGCAUUGCUGUGUCUCCUUGUCUAUGACUCUCUCACUGGCUGUUACUCAUCCUUGCUGUCAAAAAGGUCGCCUUUUCUUACUGCUAACAUGACUCUCCUCACACGCUGUACAAAUACUCUCAAACUCAAAGUGCAACAUAUUUUACUUUUGCUUUUACUACACCCUCAUCUAAAGCAUUAGGUACAUUGGUACUUGUCCAAUUACGGCAUCCAAUACAAGAGCUGCAUCAAAAAUUAUACUAUUUACAAAGAUAAUAAUGCUGUCAGAGAGGUAUUACAUAGUAUAUGUUUUGUCCUUCAUUACAAGAAACACAGGAGAAAACAGAAUAUACAAGUGGUCCUUGGUAUACGUGCGAGUUUCAUUCCUACCGUAAGUUGACCUGACCCAGAACACAUGAAAGACAUAUAAAAUACAUUAAUAAAAAGAUUAAAUACAGUAGUACCUCGCAUAACAAAAACCUCCUUUUACAUAAAUUCCACUGAACAUAAAGAAUUUAUGUAAAGUUUUUGCUUCGCAUUCCAGAAGAAAUUUCAUAUAGCAUAAAGUGUCAAGUCAGUGCAAGUCUUUUUUUUUUUUCAAUCAACUAUUAAUGUCUUAAGUCGGUGCAAGUUCAGACUAACACUUGGUGAUGCCUUCUGACGCAGCACGCUCUCAUUGGCUGAUUUUCGAGGCACCGCCUACGCUCUCAUCUCAUUGGCUGAGUUAUACAGCACGUACGUGAGUUUGUGUGAGAGACAGGCUUGUCCCUUCAAACUCCUUCCUCUUCGUAGUCGCCCUUAAACUAACCUAAAAAGUUAAGUUAAGUUACAAAUUAAAAAUUUGCGUUUGUCUGUGAGACCAGCUGACUCUUAGACUCUUUGAGUCGCAAAGUCAACAUUCACAUUUCCUCUCAUUUUCACUGCAUAUUAACUCCAAUAGCGCCUUCUUUUCACACGCCAUCUUCUUCUUUGGUGUUUGUCUUCUUUCUUCCUCUCCAGUAGUCAGUGUCGGUUGUCAAACUACCUCAUUUGCGCAUUACUGUCGACUACUGGGCUGAAGUGUGGGGCAGAAGUUUGUCCGCAAUAAAAAAAUAUUCAAUAAUAAUGGAAUCAAAUCGGCAAAUUAAUUGGUAGGGUUGCCAACUUCUGCAAAAAUAAAUAAGGGAUACCUUGUUGGCAGGGCUAACCAACCCGACAGUUUUAGGGGGGGGGUUUUGUGUGGAAUUUUGAUGCCAGUUUUAGAGUAAUACUCCCCCAGUUCAUACUCCGCGCAGGACAAAAAUGAGCUCCAAACGAACCGCGUUGCUUGUUUGUUUUAAAGACAAAACGUCACCGUGGGAAAAAGAAAAGUCACAUUUGGACUCCGUGGACCAGAGGCUAGGCAGAUAACUCUAGCGAGCUGCCGCCAGAGAGACAGGAGAAAGUGAGAGCCAGGCAAAAUGUGUAAACAAAGAUUGCACAAAGUCGAUUAAAUGUAAAUGCGAUUGACAAGCUGUCAUCAAUCGACUCCACAUUUUACAGACUAUUUUUCAUUCUCAUGGGACUAAGGGACAAAGUGUGUCCCUUGUCAACGGGCGUACUUUUAUCUGGUCGCACAUGCGCGAGUAGACGACAAAUUUACUCUCUGUCUCACAUUUUAGUCGCAAAAUGCGACCAUUUAGUCGCAGUCUGGAGCCCUGACCUGUAUAAAUUGUCAAAAACGUUUAAAUGCUGUGUCUAAAAAGGCAGUCGGUGCACUUAAAGGGGACAUUCUGGGUCGUUUUACAGUAUUACAAUAAUGUGUCACCCCCUCCAACCCACCCCCACCC